GCCAUCAUGGUGAAAAUAUCCGUGCUGCAACAUGCACCCUCCGCACACCUCCCAAACAGACCAGGCGACCCCAUCCCCACCUCCCGCAACCUCGAUCCCCUCCUCCAUCCAUUUUCACGCGCACGCGAGCGCACCCGCGCCCUCAAUGCCGCCAAGAUGGAGCGUAUCUUUGCAAAACCUUUUGUCGGCAGUCUCGGCGGUCACAUUGAUGCCGUCGAAGUCUUGUCCAAAAAACCGGGGUCCGUAAACACAAUAGCGAGUGGUAGCUGGGAUGGAGGCGUGAUCGUCCAUAACCUCUCUCAGCGGUCCAGAAUUUGCCGCAUACAAGGCGCACAUCAAGGCAAGGUCUCCGGCGUGUGUUUCGCGGGUGGCCACAGGCUCCUGAGUUGCGGCGUCGACAGCAGCGUAAAACUGUGGGAUGCAUCGCCCCAAUCAGAUGAGGUCUCGCAACCAAAACCCCUGAACGUUUUCCCUGGAAAAUCCGCGUUCAACGCCAUAGACCAUCACCGGUCAGACCCGCUCUUCGCCACAGCUUCCACUACCGUGCAGAUCUGGGAUGAGACAAAGAGUUCAGCCAUAUCGAAUCUCACUUUCCCCACUUCGACGGAAACCGUCACUUCCGUCCGAUUUAACCUGAGCGAAACGUCGAUUUUGGGAAGUAUUGGCUCAGACCGCACGUUCACACUCUACGACAUCCGGACAGGCAAGGCCGAACGCAGGGUGAUUAUGCAGAUGAGAAGCAAUGCUUUGGCAUGGUCACCAACGUUCCCUACGUCCGUUCUUCUAGCUUCCGAGGACCAUAACCUCUACACAUUUGAUGUCCGUCAGUUGACGAACCCUACACAAAUAUACAAGGGUCACGUUGCUGCCGUGAUGAGUUGUGACUGGGCGCCGACGGGGUUAGAGUUCGUGAGUGGUGGCUGGGACCGUACGGUGCGAAUAUGGAAGGAAGGGCAGGGAACGAAUCCGGAGGUCUACCAUACAAAACGAAUGCAGAGAGUUUCCUCUUCGCUUUUCUCAGGAGACGCGCGGUUCGUGAUGACCGGGUCUGACGAUGGCAACGUAAGGAUCUGGAAGGCGAAGGCAUCGGAAAAGCUGGGCAUCAUCACCGCCAGAGAACGCGCUGCGAUCGAGUAUCGGGAGACGCUCAAGGAACGCUGGAAGUACGACUCCGAAGUUGGGAAGAUCGCUCGGCGGCGAAACAUUCCCAAGCCUGUGUACCAGGCGGCAAAGCUCAAGCGGACGAUGCUGGACGCGCGCCAGGUCAAGGAGGAGCGGAGACGGAAACACACGCGGGCAGGAGAAAGCAAGCCCAAGGCGGAGCGGAAGAAAGUGGUCAUUACCGAGCAGACAUGAGCAGGAGAAUGAUGAUCACUUGUUGUCUAAGUUUUGUUUUGCCUUUCUAUUCAGUCCACGACCUGGUAUGCACAGCCACCAUUACAUCCAAACAUGACCAAAUACAGGCUGUCCUCGGGUAUGCCGAAAGUGUCCA